AUGACUUUAGAAUCCAUGAUGGCUUGUUGCCUGAGCGAGGAGGCGAAGGAGUCCAAGCGGAUCAACGCCGAAAUCGACAAGCAGCUCCGGCGAGACAAGAGAGAUGCAAGAAGGGAGCUGAAGCUUCUCCUACUGGGCACUGGAGAGAGCGGCAAGAGCACCUUCAUCAAGCAGAUGAGGAUAAUCCAUGGGACAGGCUACACAGAUGAGGAUAAGAGGGGCUUUACCAAGCUGGUCUACCAGAACAUCUUCACCUCCAUGCAGGCCAUGAUCCGCGCCAUGGAGACCCUCAAGAUCCAGUACCAGCAUGAACAGAACAAGAAUAAUGCCCUGCUAGUGCGUGAGGUGGAUGUGGAGAAGGUGUCAUCGUUUGACCAUCCCUACAUCGGUGCAGUAAAGAUGCUGUGGACUGACAAUGGCAUCCAGGAGGCCUACGAUCGCAGGAGAGAGUACCAGCUCUCCGACUCAACCAAAUACUAUCUAAGUGAUCUGGAUCGUAUUGCUGACCCAUCCUAUCUACCAACCCAACAGGAUGUGCUUAGGGUUCGAAUCCCAACCACUGGGAUCAUAGAGUACCCUUUCGACUUGCAAAGCAUCAUUUUCAGGAUGGUGGAUGUGGGGGGUCAGAGAUCAGAGAGGAGGAAGUGGAUCCACUGCUUUGAGAACGUCACCUCCAUCAUGUUCCUGGUGGCGCUCAGCGAAUACGACCAGGUCCUAGUGGAAUCGGACAACGAGAACCGUAUGGAGGAGAGUAAAGCUCUGUUCAGGACCAUCAUUACAUAUCCCUGGUUCCAAAACUCCUCUGUCAUCCUCUUUCUCAACAAGAAGGACCUGCUGGAGGAGAAGAUCAUGUACUCUCACCUGGUCGACUACUUCCCAGAGUUUGAUGGUCCUCAGCGGGAUGCCCAAGCUGGUCGGGAAUUCAUCUUGAAGAUGUUUGUGGACUUGAACCCAGACAGCGACAAGAUCAUCUACUCCCAUUUCACCUGCGCCACCGACACAGAGAACAUCCGCUUUGUCUUCGCAGCCGUCAAGGACACCAUCCUGCAGCUCAACCUCAAAGAAUACAACUUGGUGUGAAAGAGGAAGGGAGUGACGGAGAAACGAAGAGAGGAGGAAGAAACCUGCAGCCCCUUCUAACCCCACGUACAGCCCAGUUUAAAUGAAAUGCACUCACUACACAAAUUCAUCCAACAAAUGGUAGCUCAGAGAGAUGAGCGUUACUUGAUACAACACCAGAAAAACUAUCCACGUUCUAUCCCAGUCAUUGACUUGCCUUUUUGAUCAUUGGUUCGCCGAUUUUUAAGUAAGGUAGUGUAUUUUACAAAUCUAAUCGUUCCAUCUCUUGCACAUACACACACACACACACAACACUCUUUAUCCCUCUCUGGCCACAGUAGACCCCUGCCUCUCUGCUGGUGGGGCUCCUCUUGCUUCUCAUUUGUCCGUAGUCAUGGCUCAGACCUUAUUUCCUACACUACAUUAUCACCAGUGCUUGCAUGUUGGAGGUGGGCAGAAGCCUUGUCUGGUUUUGGCAGAGUAAGCUUUUACAGACAAAGGGCUUCCCUCCCUUCUCUUUGUCUACUCUUUGCAUGCUCUACACUACAGCACUGGGCUUUAGGCUGAGCUCCAGGCCUUGGACUUGGUCCAUUUGGAAAAUGUUGUGGGUUACCAUUAAGGUGAUAGGAAUGUAUAAUCAGGUGAUUUUGAGGUGUAGUGAGGUACUUGAUUUCCCUGGGUCUUGAGUUGUGUGUGAUGUGGGAGCGCCCCCACCACACUCUCCCACACACAUCUGGCCCAAAUCAGGAGUCCCCUUGCUCUGUUGAAUGUAAAUGAAGUUUGUGUGCUGCUCACACAGAGUGAGGGCUAGGAAGAGAUAAACUUAAAAUAUUUUCAGCAAUGUUCAGUUAUUGAUAUUAAUACUGCUACUGCUUUCUUUAAGGUUCAACUAUUAAAAUUUCUCCCAAGAGGGGUGGAGCCUUUCAGAAUGGCAGUUUUUUACACUAUGUUCCCUAGCCACUGCCCCUCAAAUGUUAACAUAUAUAUAGUGAAACAAAAAACAAAUAAAUAAAUGAGGCAGCACUAUUUACAUAUUUCUUUUGCUAUUUGUUGUCCUUGUAAUUCUGUAUCACUUUGCCAAAUCUAAUUAAGUAUUGUUUGCCUGUAUAUAUGAUUAAGUUGCCAGUAUCCAGCUCAUCCCAUGAGUGGUUCAGUUUCGAACAAACCCAGUUUGGGAAUUGGGUGAUCACAUAACAGCCAAAAUGAUUUAAAUAUGAGCUUUCUCAGAUAUUUUGAAGAUGUUGGUUCAUUAAUUGUGGCAUAGCAACUCAUUUUCUGUGCCAUUCUUUUUCUGGAAGGUUAUCACAAUCACAAAUAUAUUAGUACUGUGAUUUUUAUUUUCCCCCCUUUGUUUUGACGGUGACAAAAACCUCCCUGUGCACAAUGUGUGGAUGACAAAACCAGACUAGUACAGAGCAAUAGUUGUAGUUGAAAUAAAGUGUUUGUGCUGCCAAUUAACUUAAGUCACAAGUUGGUCUUCAUCAUCCAAAUGGCUAGUCUUUUUAAUCAACUUUAUUUUGCCAUAUUAUUUGGCCAGCAUUUGAUUAACUGUAAUGGAUAGCAAAAGAGUAAAUAGUUCUUUUUUGUAUGUGUAAUUUAUGGACCAGAUCUACAUAUUGUUGAUAACAUGAGAGACUCUUUCUCCCUGGUUUCAGCUAGAAGUGUUUCCUACUGGGAGAUGGGAAGAGAUUUUAUACUGCUGUAAAAUAUCAAAACUAUUUUAUGGACAUGUGUUCUAUCUUUCUAAUGAUACUUCAUAUAUUUAGUUGUUGCAAUUCUGUUCUGAAAUGCUUGAAAAUGGAAAGCUUUGUUUCCAUUUCAGGUUUGCGCUUUAUGCAAAUAGGAAAAUGAAAAAAGAAAAAAAAAAUAGUGGUUGAAUAUUUACUGAUCGAGGACACUUGCAUUUUUGUAAUUUGUAAGGAUAUCUGUUGGCUAUUGAUUCCAAUCUCAUAUCUUGUCUCUUGCCUGAUAGUUCUUUAAAAUAUUUCCAUAAAGCUGACAAUUUAUGUUGAUAGAUGGCUAUUUUUGUCUUCACAAUGUAAUUCAGGUAAGUUUUCAUAACUUUUUCAUCACAAGGGCUAUUACUAGCAACAUUGACAGGAUGAAAAGACUCUUGGUGGCAUAGAGCGAAAGGUGCAAUUAAUUAAUUAACAAGGGGGGCUAUGAAUCAGGGAAAGGAGGAGUGGCAGGAGUGCGUAGGCAUCCUGUUGAGGGCGACGGCCACAGUUUCAGUGAAGGAGGAAUGCAGCAGUCCACAGAUGCCUAUGACAUUCCUGAGAGAAUUUUGCUGGCUGAUUUGCUUGUUUGUUCAUUCUGACCCAUCUGUCUGCCUUUUGAGGAGAAUGACUAAAUGUCAGAAGACGUGGGGCAUCUCAACGUGCCACAGUGUCCGAGCUGCCGCCACUUAGCCAUCCUUUUAACUACUUUUCUGAAUUAUGUGCCCAGCUUAAUUUUAUGAUAUUGUAUGCAUUUGUUUUGGCUGAUCUUGUCGUUGGUGAUGUUUCCAUGUUUGACUUUGGCAUUGCCGGUGUUUGAGUCAUGCAGGAGAGGGUAUUUUGCCACUGGGGGACUUUUUGGUGCACACUGAAAGAACUAAUCGGUCCUUACAUGCCUAUUCUGCAUAUCUUAUCUUGGUGUUUGCCAAACGAUGUAAAGGCAGGUUUACAUGUCAUCUACUCAGUUCUUGUGCAUUGUGUUGUUAUAGUGUAGAUCGAAUUGGAAGGCAAAAAGUAAUGUACCCAUGAUUGGAGUUGCAUGCACCCACUCAAAGUAUUGUGUACCAUUUGCUGAAAGAUUCAUCGCCCUCCUUUUCAAAGUAAACACCUCAACCAUUGAACCCACCUUUGGUGUCUCCGUAUUGUCAAUCACUUUUAAUAAAGGAGGGACUGACUGCAUAUUUCUGUCAAAAAUGCCACAAUACUUUCAGGAGGUCUUGUGAAACCUGGUCUUUGACAAGCCAAGUUUACACUGGCUGUUGUCUUGCUUCGUUGGCAGCUUAGACUGGUAAAGGGUUAAUCUUUGGUGCUUCACCCAACAUUUAAAGGCCUUUUCUCGGCUAGUUUCUCCCACAGACAGGCCGAUGGUUCACACACCCAACAGAACAAAACCAAUGCUAACAGGACUAAAUUCUUGAGGCAUCACAAGUCAGCAGACUUUCAGUUUAAAAUCCUGAUUAGACGUGCUCUAGCGGUGCAGAUGAAUGAACGAAUUGACAGCCUUUAGCUGACUUUGGCAAGUCAUCAGGAGUACGAUGCGCCUCAAGGCUGGGACAGCAUGAUGAUGGCGAUGUCUGUUGUGGUAUUAUAGUUCUCAACCAGCUCGGCAGCUUUAUUUUGUAAUGGUCUCAGCAGCUACAGUGUAUGUCUGCUGCUUGGCUCUCAUGAAGCACACUCAUUUCCCUUUCUGACCAGCUCAGGUUAGGUUUCCAGCUGUAGAGAUGGCACAGGGAUUGUCAAUGCCCCAAUCUUCAGUAAAUGACUCCCCUUAUCUUUGCUUAAAAAUGAAAAAACAAACAAACAAAAAAAAACACUCAUUCUCCUGUAGAUGACUUGCAGUCCAGUAAAUGGAUUUGCAAGUGCCACGGUGAGGACAGUAAUGAAAGUAAAGGUGCCCAUUCCUGGGACUGUAUUGGUGGUAUGAACAUGCUGCCGAGGUUUUAAUCGGACCCAGUGUUUGCAUACUCUAAGAAUCCCGUUGGAUCAGUUUUCACCACACUAUGACUUGUUGACAGUAUGUGGAUUUCAUGCCUUUUCUGGUUAGCACGUUAACUGGGCUUGGACAGAGAAGUGCUGUCAGCACUAGAACCAGCACAGCAGAAACUGUCAGAUGGAUAUACCACCAGUGAUCAGAGACAACAGCCGGCCUAGGUCAGUCAUUUGAAAUCCUCCUCAAUUACUUUGUGCUUUGCUUUAGUCUGCGUGGAAUGCAAUUUGGAGGUUUGUACUUAAAGGACAAUCCAGUUAAUUUGAGGGUGCCAGACAAGCUCAAGCAGCAACAGAAAUGAUACCAAGAAACCAUUUAACUUGAACCAGGUCUCUGAGAUAACAUUAUGUCUUAAAUCCGCUUUUGCGUUAUGGUUUCUUUUUCUAAAUGAAGCUUGUUUUUUAAGCUUCAGUUGUAUUUAUUGAAACACUUGCCAAGUGAGGGUACUGAAAGGGCUGCUUUAUGAUUUUUGGGACAGUAUAAUAGUGAGCGAGUUAAUGAGUGUACUAUAUUUUCAUGUCAGCCGCGCUCCACUCUGUUUCCCCGGCUUGAUUGGACUGUGUUAUCUUCUCCUUUCCCUGGGUCGAUGCACUGAAACCGCAGCGCUACAAUGGGACUGCCUGCAUUCAUGCAACUUAAAUGUUCAUUCAAGCACAUUCAUUGGUACUCUAAGGUGUUUGUGCGUGUACACUUUUUGAUGGUUAAUGCUUAUGCUUGAGAUCCAUUCUGAUGAGACUGAUGGACACAUAGUGAUACUAUUAAAAGCUAUCUUUGCAUCUUUUUUGUUUCUUUUGUAAGGUUGACACAUACCUAAACACCUGUAUUUAGGACCACUUAAUAUGAUAGACAUUUUUUUAAGAUAAGAGGUAAAAUGAACUUUGUGUAGUGGUGUAUAAAUUGAAAGCAAUGUAUUAUUAUUUUUUUUCUUUUUUUAAGUAUACCAAAUGUAAAUUAUGUACAAUGAGUGUGCCAAUCCCCUUUCUUUGUAGAGCCAGACUCUUAACAAGUGCCAAUGUUGUGAAAAAUCAUAGAGGGCCUAUGAAUUUCAUGGUCCAGUUUUUAAAACCAAUAAACACUAAGUAUGUGAUUAAAUAAUGAAAAAGGACAAUUUUAUUCUAUAUUUAAGAUUAAUGAUGAACUGCUGUUUUUAAAAGAAAUGUCAUUUUAAUUGCAUGUAUUUGUCAGGGUGGGGUGGGAGUGGGUGAGUGAGAUACUGUAUUCAUGCAACACCCUCCUGUAAAGGGUCCUAAUGGUUAUUGAUUUACAGUAUUUUAGCCAUAUUUCUCUUUUGUAUGUUUUCAUUUCAACCACUGUUGCCUGAACCUCAUUCGAACAUGAAAAUGAUUUUCAUAGCCUUCUCCUUUAAAGAAUUAUCUGUUUUAAAUUGGAAUAAAAUCUGUUCCUAUACUCUC